AUGGCACCCCGGCUCCUGCCACCAACGCCACGGCGACUCGGCCUUGCAGCCAAAGAGUGGGAGGCUCUAAGCCAAGAGGAGAGGUUGAGUGUUACGCAGACUCUGCGGCAACGAGGGUCCGAGGAUGCACUCGAGAAGGUCCAAGCCCUUCUGGGAAGGCAGAGGGCCGGGAGCAAAAAGGCAGGCAGCAAGGAAUCCAAGAGGAAUCCUAGCAGGUCUGUCAACGGAGCAAAGGAGCCGACGAAGCGAAGGAAAGCUGUUCUGAGGCCAAGGGAGUCCGUCGAGGCAGCAGAGAAGGAGAGGGCUGGGAAGAGCAAGGCCCGCAGGGAGACGAACCGCACUCACAUCGACAUCGAGGAUGACGAGGAUGAGGAAGAGGAGAAGGACGGCAGGUGCUCAGAAGACGAUGAGGAGGUCUCGGAAGUCGAAGAGGUGGUCUCCCUCAGAGUUCUAUUUCUUGUUCGCUCUUUGCUUCCUGGGAGCUGGCAGUGCUUCUGUGAGAAAGCGGGGGAGAAGUGUGGGGGCACUCUUUUGUGGACUUUGCAGAAAGGACAGCGAGGAGGUGCCAGAAGAAGGUGCCGGGAGAAGCUGGGGCACGGAGAAUCAGCGACGGGAAGCAUAGGCUGUAGCCGUAGUCUCCGGAGCGAACGGGCAGGCGCGAAGAGCGUGGUGUCGGUGAAUGGCGACGUGGAAGUUGAGUCGGAUGACGACGAGGCCAGGCGGACAACGCGGACUGCGGGGCGGUUCGCACUUCUUUUUCAUGAGUUGAAUCUUGGGACAGUGUGCUUGAUCCAUGAGGAGGAAGAGGAGGAGGAUGACGAAGAAGAGGAGCGAAGCGAACUCCAGCAAAAGCAUAUGUCAAGUCAAGUCAUGGCUCCUAGAAACAAGCUAUAG